AUGGCCAAUGUUCUGAACAGCUUCUUCGGCGGCGGAAAGGCCGCCGACAAGGCAGUGCCCGCUGCCGAUUCUGGUAUGUCUUGCUCCAUCCUCGCCACUUUCUCCCGCCCUCCUAUCUCUUCUGUGCGCCGAGCAGAAGACACCGAGCACACGACACCAUACUUUGCAGACUUCGCCGAGGCGCCCAACCCCGUUCCCACCGAUACCGUGGUGCCCGUGGGCGCCACCGCCGUCGACGGCACGGCCGCCGCCGAGGCGACGAGCGUCCAGUUCACGCGGUGGUACCGCGUCGACCAGCGGCACUCGCUGGACGAGUUCCGGCUCGAGGGCAUCGUCAUCAGCAUCGGCCUCGUCAUCUUCAUCGUGCACCUCAUCGGCUCGCGGCUCAACCGCAGCAAGUCCAAGGCCUGGGCCAGGGCGCACGCGCCGGCGCUCAAGAGCGAGUUUGCCUCUGUCGGCUUCUCGGGCCGGUCGACGGUCGAGUCGGACCCGCAGGCCAUCGAGGGCGUGCUCAAGGAGAAGUCGCUCUUCGAGUACGCCGCCUACGGCACGGGCCGGCAAAACGUCGCCUUUGUCGACGUGACGCUGACGCUGAUCAAGCGCUUCAACCCCAUGAUCUCGCUCGGCGAGACGCUGUUCAACUUUUUCUGGGACUCGGUCGACGCGCCGCGCGACAUCAUGGACGCCGUCAUCUACCCCUUUGACGGCAAGGAGACGCUCACGGUGCCGCAGGUGCCGGGCACGCACGAGCUGCGCAGCAAGGACAGCAAGAGCAGCUACGACGGCUUCGUCUGGGCCAUUGUCGCCAAGGGCCGCAUGAAGCAGCUGCGCGACGAGCGCUACGACCUCUCCAUCACCUUUACCAAGGACCACAGCAAGCUGCCCAACUGGGCCACCGUCAUGACGGAGAGCGCCGAGAUUACCGAGCAGCUCCUGACGCCCGAGAUCAUCCAAGCCGUCGAGCUUGCCGGAGAUGCUUUUGACUAUCUCAUUGUGUCGGACCAGCCGAUUGACAAGCCGAGGACUCUCGAGGAGGCGACGACGGCCCGCAAGCGCGUCUUCCUGCGGUACACGAUCCCCAGCAACAAUGACUUCUCGACGGUGACGCCGCUCUUUACGCAGUUCCUCCAGCUGCCCGACAGCCUCGUGGCCAAGGCCAAGUUCCGGCCGGAGAUUCUGCGCAAGGUCAACCGCGUGCGCGAGGAGGCGGUGGCGCAGCUCAAGAAGGAGGCCGAUGCCGUCGUGGCCGAGGAGCGCAACGCCGAGCGCGAGCGCGUCAAGAAGGUCAAGCGCGACCAGGAGCUCGCGGGGCUCGACGCCAAGCAGCAGAAGCGGUACCUCGAGAAGGAGCGCGAGAAGGAGACGCGCAAGGCGGCCAAGAAGCAGACGAUGCGCGGCUAG